UCUUCCCGCCGUCCCCCCCACCUUGGGAGCGAUGGAUUUUCGUGGGAAGAAGUACGAGAGGGGGAGCAACUGGUCGGACCCCGAGGUGGUGGAGCUGCUGCAGCUGUGGGCCGACGAGUCGGUGCAGGUGGAGCUGGAGAGCUGCCUGCGCAACCAGCACGUCUUCAACCACAUCGCCGAGGUGCUGAGGGAGAAAGGCAUCCACCGGACGGGCGACCAGUGCCGGGAGAAGAUCAAGAAGAUGAAGCUGGAGUACCGACGGAUCAAGGAUAACAGCAAAGCCCCGCGGGGCCGACGGAGCUGGAAGUUCUACGAGGUGAUGGACAGGGUGCUGACCAGCCGGCCCACCUUGGCCUACGGCUCCCUGAGCGGUGGGGUGAUGGCCCAGCAGGUGCUGCAAGGAGGCAUGGUGGAGGGCUACCACCACCAGUUCCCCCCCUCGGCCCUGCCCUUCGAACACUCCCAGCACCCCGAGCUGAUGGAGAUCAAAUGCGAGGAGGUGAACUCCGACGAGCACUGCUUGACCCCCGAGCCCCCGCCGCCCGUGUCUUACCAGCAGGGCUCCCCUGAAGAGCACGAGAUGGAGAGAGCCUUCUUGGAGAGGGCCCAGAACGACUCUCCCAUCUCCAGGGUGGAGAUUCCCACUGAAACCAGUGUUUCACCUUCAGGUUUCAGCGAGCCCAACAUGGCAAACUCCUCCCAGAUCCAGAACGUGGUUCCCCGGCCCGGCUUGUCCGCCUUGCAUCGGCUGAGAAAAAAGCGGAAAGGCCAACGGGUGAGGGACCCGCUGGACGAUCUCCUGCUGAAGACCCUGACCUCUCAGCGGGCCAUGGAAGAGCGCUUUCUGCAGAUGGAAGAGCGCCGGUUCCAGCGGGAUUUGGAGGUGGAGGAGCGUCGGAUGCAACUGGAGCAGCGCCGCUUCGAGCUGGAGCGGGAGCACGAGUUCCGCAUGUUCAACGUCUUCACUCAGAUGCUCAGCAUCCUCAAGCAGAGCUCCUCCUCCUCCUCUUCCUCCUCCGUCGCGGUGCCUCGGGGCUUGGACUUCAACCAGGCGCUCUCUGAGAUUGCAGGAAUGGCAGGAGGAGGAGGAAGAGACCUGAAAGGGACCAGGGCUCGGCUGCUGGGCGAGAGGAGGGUUGACAUGCAUGGCUUCUGUCAGCCCAGCGACUUCCAGAGGAGCCCCUACCUCUCUGCUCGCGGCAACGUCGCCAGUAUUUUCCGUGGCUCCACGGAGGAAGGGUACAAAGCUUAUCACGCCGACAAGUACGAUGAAGACAAGAACCCUAACGGCAUAAUAAACUUUGGCACCAGUGAGAAUAAACUCUGCUUUGACCUGAUGUCUAAGCGGCUAAAAGAACAGCUGACACAGACCGAUAUGAAUCUGAUGGAGCCUCCCCUGCUUCAGUAUCCAGACUGGAAGGGACACAUGUUUUUACGGGAGGAAGUGGCUCGAUUUUUGACCUAUUACUGCAAGGCCCCUGCACCUCUUAAGGCAGAAAAUGUGAUUGUUUUAAAUGGCUGUGGCUCGCUGUUUUCUGCGUUAGCUACAGUCCUUUGUGAUCCAGGGGAAGCUGUUCUGAUUGCUACUCCCUUUUACGGUGGUAUCACCCAGAGUGUCUUCCUCUAUGGUAAUGUCAAGCUGGUGUAUGCCUAUUUAGACAGUAAGAUUACUGGAACAAGCACUCGGCCUUUUCAGCUCACAGUGGAGAAACUGGAAAAGGCCUUGCAGGAUGCCCGGGCAGAGGGUGUCACUGUAAGGGCCUUAAUUCUUCUGAAUCCCCAAAAUCCCCUUGGGGACAUCUACUCCUUGUCAGAGCUACGGGAUUACCUGGAAUUUGCUAAAAGGCAUGAACUGCAUGUGAUAGUAGAUGAGAUCUACAUGCUGUCAGUUUUUGACGACUCAGCCACGUUUCACAGUGUCCUAGGCAUGGACAGAUUGCCUGAUCCCCAGAGGACCCAUGUGAUGUGGGGAAUAAGCAAGGAUUUUGCUGUCUCUGGGAUUCGUUUUGGUACUUUAUACACAGAGAACCAAGAUGUUGCUAACGCGGUGGGUUCUUUGUGUUAUUUCCACGGGGUUUGUGGGCCUGUCCAGCACAAAGUUGCCCAGCUGCUCAGAGACAGAGACUGGAUCAACCAGGUGUACCUGAGGGCCAACCGUGCCCGCCUAAAAGCUGCCCACACGUAUGUGACGGAGGAGCUGAAGACACUGGGGGUUCCUUUUCUCCACCGCAACGCGGGCUUCUUUGUCUGGAUUGAUUUCCGAAAGUACCUUAAGACAGGCACGUUUGAGGAGGAGAUGCUGCUCUGGAGGCGUUUUCUGGACAACAAGGUCCUCCUGUCCUGUGGUAAAGCCUUUGAGUGCAGUGAACCUGGAUGGUUCCGCAUCAUCUUUGCUGACAAGACCCACCGGCUCCAGUUAGGUAUGCAGCGGAUCCGCAAGGUUUUGGAAGAGAGGGAGCAGGAGAUCCUGGCUGAGGAGAAGGAGCAGCCUUGCCAGUCGGAUCAGGAGGGCAAAGCAGACAGCACCGACGAAGUCAUUUUUGUGUCCCGCCACCAGGAGCCUACCUGUGCCGGUGGCUCCAACCUUGGUGACCUCAUUGGCCUCCUGCAGCAGCAGAUGCGUUCGUCCGACUGGCUCCAGAAAAACACCAUCAAAACCGAGCAGUUUGCCCAGGAAAAGCCGGAGAUCUACGACGUCUUCACCAAACUGGUGGGGAAGCAGUAAGGGGGUGGGUUUCCUGAGCAGUGACUGACCCUGGGCCCCCUGACGGCUCAGCAGGGACUUCCAGCAAAUAAUAUAUUUUCUGUACAGCAAGAAAAAUCACUUUGUAAAACCCUUCCUCUCCCCCCGCCCCGGUUUGAGAUCUCUAAUUUGUAUUAUAUUGUUCCUUGGAUUGGGGUGAGGGUAGGGAACGGUGGGGGGGCUUGUCCACCUGCUGCCCCCUCUCCUGCAGCAUCACUGUAUUUUUUAUUUCAUUUCUAAUGAAUACGCUCUUAACUCUCUUACAAAGUGCCCUCGGUGUCAUUUUUUUUUUUUUAAUGCUUCUUAUUUCAUGCUUUCCAGGAAGACUGAGACUUAAGAUGGUUAAAAUCCGUCCCUGGCUGUGUUUAAGGGACGUUUAGAUGCGGUACUGAGGGAUAUGGUGUAGGGGGGGACUUUGUAGAGUAGGGGAGAUGGUUGGACUCGAUGAUCCCAAGGGUCUCUUCCAACCUCAAUGAUUCUAUGAUUCUAUAAACAAAAAAAAAUGUGUAAAGUUUCCCUUUUCCUGAUGGAUGAUGGGGUGUUGCUGGCUAUUUCGGGGCCAGAAGGUGACCGCUGUUUCAAAGAGGUGGCUUUGUGAGACAGAACAGCCCUAACUUAGCCCCAGCUGAGGGUAAAGAAGCAUCUGUAGGCAUUCAUCUGCCACCCUGCUAGGUGUACCUGCUUUAAGCCCCCAAGGUGGCACCUCCCACCAUUAUGAGGGUAAUUAAGGCAAUUUUUCCUGCUGUGUUUGUCAAUUUGCAGGGUCAUUUUUUGACUAAGCAGUACUCUGCAGUCUCCCUCCUCUCUUUGCCAUUUUAAAAGAUGCUGUUUCCUGUAUGACAGCAAUGGAGUGUUUGUGUUAGAAAGCUUCUUCCACACAUCCAAAAGUCUUUCGUUUCUGGAACUAUAAAAUUGUACCCAUCUUAAAGGAAUUUAAGCUGUUUUUUUCUUUUUUUGCAUGGAUGUUAAUCCGGAGUUCAAGGAAGCUGCCCAUGAAAACUGAAUGGAAUCAGGUCCUUUCUCCUCACGUCAUUUGUUCUAACAGUAACCAAGUUUCACCCUGGUGGCAUUAUGGAAUCUGUUUAUAUAAUGAGUUAGAGGGGUGAAAAGUAAAACUUAGGCUAAAUUCUGUGCUGUCAAAUAGUUGGAAUUGGCUGAUCACAAGCAAAGAACCAUUUUCUACUCUUCUGGUCCAGCUUUAAUAUGAAAUUGG